AUGUCGCGUCCCAAGAUCACGCUUUACGUCGACGUCGUCAGCCCCUUUGCCUACAUCGGCUUCUAUGUCUUGCAGAACUCCCCCGCCUUUGCCAAAUGUGACAUUACAUACGUCCCCAUCCUUUUGGGAGGACUGAUGAAUGCAUGUGGUAACAGCCCGCCUAUCAAUGUCAAGAACAAGAAGGAUUACCUGGGCAUGCAGCGGGUGCGAUGGGCGAAGUACUUCAAAGUUCCCAUUAUCGAGGGCUUCCCAAAAGGCUUCCCCUUCCGCACGCUAUCUGUGCAGCGUGCAAUGUGCGCAAUCUCUCAGAAAGCGCCUGAAAGGCUCUCUGCAGCACUUGCGGCGGUUUACAAGGCUGUGUGGGUGGAUGGUGACAUGACUGUUGGCGAGGCGGAUGGCUUCAUUCCUUUGUUUGAGAGUGUCCUUGGAAAGAAGGAGACACAGGAGAUCGUGGCUGCUGUGAACAAUCCGGACAUCAAGGCCCUUCUGACCGCGAAUACUGACCAGGCUUUCAAUUCCGGAGCCUUUGGGUUACCGUGGUUUGAGUGCACGAAUUCAAAGGGCGAGACCGAGGGCUUCUUUGGCGUUGAUCACCUAGGUCAGGUGGCUGACUUCUUGGGUCUUGAUCGCGCCCUGGACCAAGGAUUCCGGGCGGCUCUGUAA